CUUUGCAGACCGGCGGCGGUGAAGGGGCAGAGCGUACACUCAGGUCCAGCGGAAGGAGGUGUGUUCCUUCUCUCCGGCCAAAACCUCACUCACCUGCCUGUCUGCCCCGUCUUCGAAACCGGCCGGCCCUUCGCGCAGGUCUCGCCCUUCCCUUCGCCCGGCCCCGUCGGCCGGAAAGCGGGCACAGUCCGUGAAGCAUCGAGGAAAAGCACGGCUCGCAGUCGGUCGAGCAGGUCGCACAACCGGCGAGCACCCGUCCCACUUUACCCGAGUGUCCGCGACCGCACUCUUCUACAGCGAAACACCGAGAAAAGGCGAGGCUUAGCAGUGUCAGCCAGAAACCGCCGAAGGCAGACGACAAGCGAGAAAAAGAAAGCGCCAAGCAGCAGACGACACAAUGGACAUAAUAACCAGAUUCCUGCGGUACCUCUUCUGGAGGGCUCCCGCGCCGCCCAACCGGCUGCGCGAGGUCCUUCUCAACUUCUCCGUGGAGCUGCACAAGCAGCAGCUGGCCGAGCAGGACGCCCUUUUCAGGGACAACGUGCUCAGCGCCCCGUUCGCCAUCGCGCUGGCUCUGACGGCCACGCACGCCGGCAGCGGGAAAGCCACUGCGGCGCAGAUUGCCAAGGCCCUGCGGCUGCCCGAAGAGCUCAUCGAAGAGAUACGCCAAGAGUUCACGGACAUGACACAGCGCCUGGCCGACUGCGGGCCGGACUUUCGCAUCCACCUCGCCAACGCCAUCUUCGCCGACCGCAGCUUGGACGUGCCGAACGAAUUCUGUGACCUCGUGGAGUCCGCGUACGACGGCACCGUCAAGCAGGUCGACUUCCGGAGCGACCCCAAUGCUGCCCGCGCGGUCAUCAACGCCUGGGUUGAGGAGAAGACCAAGUGCAAAGUGACCGACAUCAUCCAGUCCGGCCAAGUGGACGCGCGCACUUCGCUACUGCUCGUCAACGCAAUGUACUUCACGGGCUUCUGGGACUCUCACUUCAACCCGCAGUACACGGCGCUCCGCCCGUUCCACGAGACCAAGGACAAGACAUCCAUGGUCGAGAUGAUGUACCAGCGAAAGAACUACAAGACCAGCUGCUGCGACAAACUCGAGGUGGACGCGCUCGAGAUGCCGUUCGUGGGCAAGAAGCUAUCCAUGGUCAUACUGCGACCGCAAAAGAUCGACGGCCUCGACCGCCUCGAGAAGAAGCUGACGCCAGCCCUGCUGGAGGACCUGCUCAGGUCGCUCGGCGAGGACCACGACGUCGAGAUCUACUUGCCCAAGUUUAAGCUCGAGCACACCUCCAGCUUUCGAGGAACCCUGGAGACGCUGGGGAUCCAGGAUCUCUUCACGGACCGGGCCGACCUCGGUGGGGUCAGCAAGACCUCCGGUGUCAGGGUGACCGGUGUCGAGCACAAGGCAGUGGUCGAAGUGGACGAAGACGGCGUCGAGGGCCUUUUCCUCACGCCGCUCAUCAUGAUGUGCUACGCGGGCGUCAGCUUCAACUACAACGUGAACCGGCCCUUCAUGUUCCUCAUCCGCAGCUGUGAUCCAGACGUGAUCCUGUACAUCGGAUCGGUGCGCCGUUUCCAGUGAGCGGUGGCCUUUUUGUUGAUGUGCGUAGUGAAAUUCCUGCGCUGUGCCUAUCUUUGGUGGCUCGUACGAUUUUUUUGUGUGUAUACGCUGCGCGCCAGGAUUGGUGGACCGAAGGAGACUGUGCUGCAGGGUGUGACGUAACGGUGGUGCUGCAAGUUCUGCAAGAAAUGCUUUUUUUUUUCGAGGUGCCUCGGUAACCACUUUCUUCGGCUGUGACGUCGUCGUCGCCGCCGCUUCCUGUCGAGGUCGUGACGAAAGGCCGUUUAGUAUAUCAGUUCAGAUCACUGUACAGUACAAGCAAGGACCUGCCACUGGUGCCACCAUUCUGGAGCCGCCUUCAAUGCUACUUCUAGGCAAACGAUAGGACAUCCCAUCCUCGUCAUCGCAUGAACGGGACGAUGCAUCCGUAGCUCUGAUAUAAAGAAAGCUCGUGUGUGGGACUCUAAUAAGCAAUAUGCCGGUGCGUACCUCUGACCCUCGGGAGUCAACGAAAUGGAUAACCAGUCAUACAGAACUCGGUCCCUACCGUCCUCUGCGCAAACCUGCGCCAUUGCUCCGAGUUAACGCGUUCACUGCUGUACUCGCAGCACUGGACUGUCUCAGAUUUGUGGAUCUUUCCGUUUGUUCGCACCUAAUAGAAACUCGGGCAACUAUUUCGCGCACAGAAAAUCCCGAUUUCCUUCUUACAAAAAGAGAUUUUAUACAAUUGUACAAUUAUGUGUAUGUUUCAUAAAUGCAGUGACCUAAAA